AUAGAAAUUGCCUAACAAUCUCUCAUAGUCAUAUAUAGAAACAAGUCAUACACGUAUCAAUUAAUGCAAGCGUUUGGAAAACAAGAAAGAUCAAGAAAUGGGGAAUUUUCUUAGGAGAAGCUGCGCUGUGCACCCGGCUUCCGGCGAGGGAGGAAGAGGAAGACACGUGGAGGAUCCACAGCAACAACGUCGAAGGAGUGUACGGAUUAAAGUGAGGAUGAGAAGAGAUCAAUUGGAAGAUCUUUUAUAUUUGGCGCGUCGUGGUGAUCAAUCGGACGACGGUGGUAAGAUUGGUUUCUUGAUUCUUAAAGAAUGUAUGGAAGGUCGCUUACCAGCGAGUGUUCUUGGCUCCGGUGGCGAUGUUCGAUCUCAACGGUGUGGAAGUUACUUGGUGUCUCGAAGAUUGGGUUCCAUCACAGAGGAAUAAUUAAUUAAUACAUGUGCAUUCAAUACAUAUAGUUUAAAAGUUUAGAUAGACGACACUUUAAUAACGUUUUCUAGAUCAACAAUUAUAUGUAAGGCUAAAGAAAGAAAAAAAGAAAAAAAAGGAGUUUCACAAAAAAUAGAAAAGAAGAAGAAAUAAAAUUAAAGUAGUAUAUUUGUGUCAUGCAUUUAAUUAAAGAUAUAAAAAUGUAAAUCUCAAUACUUUUUAUUUUCAACAAAUAUAAGAGUUUUGAUGGCGUUUUAGCA